CUGUCAUUUAAGAGGUUUUCAAGGUGCACUGCACAUCUCAGCUCAGGUUUCUAAGCCAAGCGCUCAUGAUAUGAUCCAGCUAGCUUAUAGGGCCUCAACAACCUUGUGAAUAUGGUUAAAAACGGGUCCCAGCUGGACAAUGAAACACUGGCAAUGCUCCAGAAUAAAGCUAUCUCUGUCACUCUCCCAGCCGUGUAUACACUCGUGGCUCUCAUCAGUAUUCCUGGCAAUCUGUUCUCCCUUUGGGUGCUCUUCUGGCAUAUCAAACCCAAAACACCUUCUGUUAUCUUCAUGAUCAACCUGAGCAUCACAGAUCUCAUGCUGGCCAGCUGCUUUCCCUUCCAGAUUAUCUAUCACACCCAUAACAACCACUGGACUUUUGGCAAGACUCUCUGCAGCCUUGUGACCGUGAUGUUCUACUCUAAUAUGUAUUCUUCGAUCCUGACCAUGACUUGUAUCAGCAUCGAGCGCUACAUGGGAGUGGUAUAUCCAAUGAAGUUAAUAAAGUGGAGAAGAAAAAGGUAUGCCUUCGCUACCUGCCUGGGAAUGUGGAUUCUCUUGCUCUUAGCUCUCUACCCACUAGAAAGCACAGAUCUGACCUAUGAAGUGAAAGAGCUGGGGAUCGUAACCUGUUUUGAUGUCCUCAAAUGGGAUAUGCUGCCCAGCUUUGCAGCCUGGGUAGCCUUUCUCCUUACGUUAUUUUUCGUGCUCUUUCUGAUCCCUUUCAUCGUAACAGUGGGAUGUUAUAUUGCCACCAUUCGGAAGCUUAUUCAGACAUCUAACAGAUAUGGUAACAAGCAGAAGACUAGAUCUAUAUACCUGGCAGUGAUAGUCCUUUUAGUAUUCGUCACCUGCUUUGCCCCCAAUAACUUUAUCCUGCUUGUGCAUAUGAUCAGCCGCCUAUUUUACGAAAAGAGUUUGUACCCUGCCUACAAGCUCACCUUGUGUCUCAGUUGCCUCAACAAUUGUAUCGAUCCCUUCAUUUACUACUUUGCAUCCAAAGAAUUUUACCAGAAAUUCAUGCAAGUGUUUCGUCCUAAGGCACUGCUCAGUGACAGCUUGGAAAACAGAAGGGAAAGCUUAUUCUCUGGCAGGACCAUGUCAGCCAGGUCUAUGUCAAGUGGACCUAUGGAUGGGUUAGAGGGAGUGAAAGUCUACUUGCAAAGGCAGGAGAGUGUCUUUUAGCCUUGGACUUCACAGGCAGAAAGGCACCCGUGUGUUCCCUGAGAAGAGAAACAGGGCAUUU